AAGACUCGGGUCUCGUGGCAGUUGUUUCAGAGAUGUUAACGCAUCAGCAAAGCUGCGUGUCUUUUUCUGGCCACAAUCGCCGUUACUUCACCCCUCCCCGCUAUUCUCUCUCUCUCUCUCUGUCUCUCUCUCCCCCCCUCUCUCUCUCUCUCUCUCUCUCUCUGUCUCUGUGUGUAUCUCUCUCUCUUUCUCUCAUGCAUCCCUCGUGUGGGAGGGGGAGCCCUGCCUCUUUCGCCUUGCUCAGAUCAAUGCCCUGGCCACUCACUCACUUUCUGAUGUUGCGCGACGGGAAAUGCUUUGAAUACUUACGACAUGGCCGCUCGCAUUGAUCGCCAAGGUUGACAGCGGUACCCAUCGCCUUUCUCUCGCGUCUCCUUCACGCGCAGAGUGAGUGAGAGAGAAAGGAAGACAAAAACAUUGGCGACUAGUUUACAGCAGUUUUUUUUUCUGACAGGGGGCAACUUUUCGAAGCCGGAGCGGGAUUCCCAGCCCCAGCACGGCCAGCGGGAUCGCUAAGACUUUAGUUUCUCAUCUUCGCCCCUCCACAGAUUCGCGGCGAGCGUUGUUUUUCUGACGCGUUUAACGCCGACACGGGAUACGGCGAGGACGAACGUCGCUUAACGUGCCCGAACCCGGCUCACGUCACAGGUCUGCGCGCGUGGAUUUGGGGAGGAGCCUGUGUGGUCCGCGCGGCAGCCUCGUGCCUCCCUGACUGGAUCCGACUGGGAACCGCCGCCUCGCCGCCGCUUAUGCUGCCAGUCAUUUUCAUGAGUUCAAAAUCAACUUACCAGUGAUCGCUGGGAGCUGGGGAUAAAGUCGUUCUGUUUACAACCCAAAUGCUGAACAUGGAGGGCUUUCUGCGUAGCAGCUUUUUACUGAGAGUGAGGAAGAUGAGGGGAGUGUGGUUGAGAUUACCCGAUCAUUUCAUAUUGGUCCCGGACGAGCCCCCAAACUGAGUGCCGGCUGCUUGGAGCAGGAGGCUGCGGUGGCGGAGAACCACAACAGAGGCUGCAGCCGGCUUGCGCGUGGAACCAGAGCGCCGUGGCCAGCAGCCAGAGACAGAUACGCACCACCCCUGUCACACACUCGCGGUUUUUUAAAAGAAAGCAAUUUAGUUAAUGAUUUCAUUCCGAAAGCUUGUCAUGACGCAUGCGUCUGUGUCUGCCAGGAAAAGAAGGGGAGAGGGGAAAAAAAAACGAAUGGGGAAAAAGAAAAGAAAGAGGGCAAGACAGAGAGUCACAAAUGAACGCGUUAGUCAACAUGACUACUCCUGACGACUAACUGCCUGUGGUUGCAGCAGAGCUCAUGUUACCGAGCAGUGAGGAAAGCGUUCGCCUUGCCACCAUCACUGGCACAGGAAGCCGCUCACUAACCAUUUUGGGGUUUGUUUAUCUGCAGACUGCAGUCUCAGAGAUUUUUUUUCCCUGUUUGUUUUGAGCAUUUUUAAGAGGCUACUGUGUCGUUUCAUGUUGCCGUGAAGCAGGGUGAGUUAGCGGAGGCAAGAGAGCGAGUGGUUAGAUACUUGGUUAAAUGGUGAGCGGACGAGACAUUUUCUGUAUCAGUCAGCGGCUAAUUCAGUAACGUGCCUGUUCUCCAGGCUGGAGCGGAAUCCGCUUCAGGUUUUUUUUUUUCUGUUCAACCAUGUCUGUCAGCUCCUAGUUUUAUUAGAGCUGUGUUUCACUGUGUUUCACAUUUCACUUUUUACGGCUUUUUUCUUUGGGUGCUGCUCUGUGAACUGGCCCCAUCUUAGCAUUGCUAAAACGCAGGCCCUGUCCGUGGCUUUGCUGAAGCAGAUUUUAGGGCAAUUACACAGAUCAAUGGUAGAACUCCUGCUCUCGCAAAAGCCUUCCCGCUUUUUUUGUGUAGCCUGUCAAUCAUGUAGCUAACUUCUAACCACCUCCAAACAGGCCAGGGUGCCGAGCGCAUUCGUUUAGUUGGGCGUUUUUUAUUCAGACCUCCUGUCUGACCUGUCACCCUGGCCACACGCCGUUGCCCAUGCUCUCCAUUCAACAGGGGCUGUUGAAUUGGUUUCUGCGCCUUAAGUCAGCAAUCAAUGUCAGUUUCCCCCAAAAUAAUAAGGCUUAAUCAUAAAUCGCCGAGGUGUGGCCUGACUGACCCUGCAAUUCAUCAGGCUUCUUAACAUGGCCUCAUCUGGGUGGAGCAAAUGAACUACCCCUGUUUUGAUUUUCCGAUUGACGUGUCACAUGAAAUGCGGCUUCUCUGCGCCCAUCCCCGGUCUUUUUUCCCAUCUUUCCUCAUCCUCUGUUCUUCCCUGCCUUCUCCAUACCUUAUGUCAUAGAAAAAGUCCCUGCUGGACUACAGUUAUUCUACUGUCCUUUAUGGGUGGACCCAGUCACCCUGGGAAGAGAAACUCAGCAGACACGAGGGUAAAGAAAAGGGAAAAAAAAAAAAGAACAAACGCACAGACAAAAAGUGCCCAGAGAAGAAUUAGGGAUGGGGCUAGUGGUGACUAAUGAGCUGUUGUCCAUCCCAAAAGCCCCAAAAUAGAGCAGCUUAAUCAAAGCAGCAUUGAAGGUAAUUUCCUCAAUUUUCUCCCCCCACUGAAAUCUCAUUUAUGAGAUGAGAAUGGAAGGGAACAAAACUGCUUUUCUUUGCAUUAGACGCUGCAAAUUUUCCAAUUUGGGUGAGCAGCCUGGCGAGAAGGCCUCCUAUUUUUGGAAGAGAAAGGAAUUAGAGGAAUAGUUGCUGGAGAAAGCCGGCCAGUGUACGCCGGCAUUCCAGAUGUCCGAAUGGCAGUUGUACCAACCCAAGUGUUUUUUUUUUUCUUCUUCUUCUUCUUCUUUUUUUCUGGGCACUGUCUGCCAAUGAUGACCUCAUGAGGUCCAGGCUGAAGACUGUAGGCACACAGUUCUUGCUGCCGCUGGCUAGAAGAACCGUACUCUUUUCAUAGCACCAUUCAUUUUGUCCAAUUCUCUUGCCAUUCCUGUCACCGCAAAAUUACUCCCUCAUAAUUAGCCAUUGUUCCUGUGUUUUUUUGGGCCUUUCCUUCUCAUUUUUCCCCCUCUAUCUCUUUUCUAUCAGGGCCCCCUUUUCUUUUUCCUCUUUCCUGCUCUUUCUCCCCUCCUCUGUCUUCUGUAAGCUUAUUGUAUCUCAAUUAAAAACAGACUUGGGAUCUUUCUGACUGUGAAAUACCACCAACGUUGUUUUAAGCCCAACUACCCCCCUCAACCAAAAAAACAAAAACAAAAACAAAACACAAAAAAGCACUCCAUCCACCCUUAUAGUGGACUGUGGGAGAUUUUACACUUGGUUAGUUGACGCACAGCUCUUUCUCAGGAAAGUCCAGCGUUUCGAAGACAACUUUAUAAAUGACAGAAAAGGCCUGUCCCUGAAUACUGCUUUGUUUACUGUUUUUCCAAAAAGGGGCCCAUGCUAUAUUUCAUCUGUCAGAGUUGCUUUUCUGUCCACUAACAAUGCUUAAUUGUUUCCCCAAAAAAAGAAAUCGUGCCUGUAUGUGUGUGUGUGACAGAGAGAGAGACACGGAGAGAGAGAGAGAGAGAGAGAGAGAGAAUUCAGGUUCCAUAGACAGGAGAAUUCUGUAUUAUAUUUUCCUGCCAAAUUCCAAACUCUGUUUUCCUUCCCCUGUGCUCACAAAGGACUCAUAACUUACUGUCAACUGCAAGGCAAACCACAAAGCUCCACUGUUGCUCAGCUAAUAGGCUGUGCUGCUUGAUGGCUUUGACUGGCUGUAAAGUUUGCUUAACUGCAGUGGCAGUGACAGAAGGCACUUUGGGAACUGCAUCCCCCAAAAGGCCCCGACUUCUCCUACUUGCUCAGAGAGAGAGAGAGAGAGAGAGAGAGAGGGAGAGAGAGAGAGAGAGAAUGAGCAAGUGAAAGAGAGAGAGAGAGAAAAAAAACAACAAGCAGCUUUUCUUGUCUCUGAAUCUCCUCCAGCGGGGCGAGAGAGAGAGCUUGUGUGUGAGUGGCGGAGCUUAGCGGCCACUCUGCUGGUUCUUCUGCUCCACGAGUGUGCGGUUAAGCGUGUGUGUUUGCUCCGCUUUCCUUGAAUGUGUGCUGAGAGAGCGUUACGCGGGCCUGGGACGACUGAGCUGCCUGUGCGCGCCGGAGUGUGUGUGUGGGGGGGAGGGGGCACUUUUCGGAUUUGAGGAGUUAUAAUGCCAUCCAGCGCUGAAGUGGUGACCGGAAGACAGCAGAGAGGGCCAGUUGCCGAGCAAGUAGAGGAGGACAGUCUCAGAAUCAUGUCUUCCAAACAAGCCACCUCUCCGUUCGCCGCAGGCCCGGACGGCGGCGAGGACGGAGCGAGUCAGGAGCAUCUGGCCUGGGAGAAGGAGGAGAGUGCAGAGGCACUAGCCGCACCCCAACUGCCUCUGCACAACCUGCUGCACGGCAAGCCGCACCCCGAGGAGCUGCCGCCCGUUAGCAGCAGCGUGCCCCAAGAAUCGGACUGGGACAGCCUGCAGCGCAUGGAGUCGGACAGCAAUAAAGUAUGUUCCCUGUACUCCUUCCGGAAUAACUCUACCUCUCCGCACAAGCCAGAGGAGGGGGCGAGGGAGCGGGGCGACCUGCUGGGCAGCUCUGCCUUUGGAACACCCGAGCGCCGGAAAGGCAGCCUGGCCGACGUGGUGGACACACUGAAACAGAAGAAACUGGAGGAGAUGACAAAGACAGAGCAAGACGAAUCCUCCUGCAUGGAAAAACUCCUUUCUAAAGACUGGAAAGAGAAGAUGGAGAGACUGAACACAAGUGAGCUUUUGGGAGAAAUAAAAGGUACUCCGGAGAGUCUGGCUGAGAAGGAGAGGCAGCUUUCCACCAUGAUCACCCAGCUGAUCAGCCUGAGAGAGCAGCUGCUGGCUGCCCACGACGAGCAGAAGAAACUGGCAGCCUCGCAGAUGGAGAAACAGCGGCAGCAAAUGGAGCUGGCUCGGCAGCAGCAGGAACAAAUCGCCAGGCAGCAGCAGCAACUACUUCAGCAGCAGCACAAAAUCAAUCUCCUUCAACAGCAGAUUCAGGUCCAGGGUCACAUGCCUCCGCUCAUGAUCCCCAUUUUUCCACACGACCAGCGCACUCUGGCUGCUGCCGCUGCUGCCCAGCAGGGCUUCCUCUUCCCUCCAGGCAUGUCCUACAAACCAGGUGAUAACUACCCGGUGCAGUUCAUUCCUUCCACAAUGGCAGCUGCCGCGGCGUCAGGACUCAACCCUCUUCAGCUCCAGCAACUGUACGCUGCCCAGCUGGCCAGCAUGCAGCUCUCACCAGGAGCCAAGAUGCCGCCGCUGCCACAGCCCCCCAACUCGGCCGGGCCCCUCUCACCGGGCCCCAAGAGCGAGAAGAGAUCCUCCAGCCCCCUUACCCAAGUCAAGGAGGAGGGAACUCAGCCCCUUAACCUCUCUGCCCGGCCCAAGACGGCUGAGCCGGUCAAAUCCCCCACGUCCCCCACACACAGCUUGUUCCCUGGCAGCAAGAGCAGCCCCAACAGCCUGCCCAGGAGUGGCAGCAUCCCCAGCCCCCUCGGAAGUCUGGGCCGUGGCUCAUCCCUAGACAUCCUAUCCAACCUGAACUCCACGGCGCUGUUCGGAGAUCAGGACGCGGUGAUGAAGGCCAUCCAGGAGGCGAGGAAGAUGAAGGAACAGAUCCAACGGGAGCAGCUGCAGCACCACCAACAGGGCAUGGAGGCCAAGCUCUCUGCCCUGUCCAGCCUGGGUCUCAACAACUGCAGGACUGACAAGGAGAGAGCUCAUUUUGAAAGUUUGGGCCAUCAUCUGGGAAAGCUGGGAGAAGAUGGCAAGAUUGGGCAAAGAGUCAUUGACCUAACCAGGCCAGAGGAUCUUGACGGGAGUAAGGAACUCAAUGGCUCUGCAGAUAAACCACAUCCAUAUUACUGUUGGCCAACAGGAGGCGCCAGCACCACCGAGGCCCGGGUCUUCAGGGAAUCCCGUGGAAGGAACCCCAACGAGCCGCACAUCAAGCGACCCAUGAACGCCUUCAUGGUGUGGGCCAAAGAUGAGCGUCGCAAAAUCCUGCAGGCCUUCCCAGACAUGCACAACUCCAACAUCAGCAAAAUUCUGGGCUCUCGUUGGAAGGCCAUGUCAAACCAGGAGAAGCAGCCCUACUACGAGGAGCAGGCUCGCCUGAGCAAGAUCCACCUGGAGAAGUACCCCAACUACAAGUACAAGCCGCGGCCCAAGCGCACCUGCAUCAUCGACGGGAAGAAGCUGCGCAUAGGCGAGUACAAGCAGAUGAUGCGCUCGCGGAGGCAGGAAAUGCGGCAGUUCUUUACCAUGGGGCAGCAGCCACAGACUCAGCUCCCCAUCACCACCAGCGCAGGUGUGGUCUACCCUGGCGCCAUAACCAUGGCAACCACCACGCCCUCGCCCCAUAUGACCUCGGACUGCUCCAGCAACUCGGCCAGCCCCGAGCCCGCCAUCCCUGUCAUCCAGAGCACCUUUAGCAUGAAGAUGGAGCCAGGCACCAUGGUGGCCAACGACCCAGUCAACGGAGAGGACGAGAUGGACAUGUACGAGGACUUUGAGGACGAGCCCAAAUCGGACUACAGCAGUGAGAAUGAGACACAGGAGCCCGUCAGCGCCAAUUGAGGCUUCUUCUCCCAGCAGAAAACAUCCUUUUACUGGAGCAAGGGAGUUACUGAAGGAGAAUAAUAAUAAUAAUAAUAAAAAAAAAACUACAGAACAAAUUAAAGAGUGAGAGAGAGGAAAAAAACUUGUUUCUGAUAAUAUAUCCUUUAGGAGCCUGCAUGCACAUGUGGCUCCCACAGAUUCAACAGCUAUUUGGUCUUAAGUGUUUCUUCAAGUGUGAAGCAGUUUGAUUGUGUUUUAUUUUGGCUUUUUUUAUUCUUAUCUUAUUUUAACUUGUGUUUUAAUUAUGGACAUUUAAACAAAUUAGGAUUACUGCCUGCAAAAAAAAAUAGGGAGGACAGGACUUGAAAAUUGAAACCUUUGAUAUGAAAUUAUAGCUCUCACAGUCUUACAUUUUUCCAUUUUUCUUAUGGAUUUUUUUUUUGUUUGUUUGUUUGUUUUUUUUGAUGGGGUUCUAUAUUUCUCUCAGGUAUGCUGUGCCAGCCAACAGCUUGUGAAUGUUUUUCAUUUGAACUAUUUGAAACCAGAACGACAGCAAAACUUCAUUUCAAAUUUGGUAAUACAAAUCAAAUCAAGUCCUUACACAAACUCCCACUUAUAUUGUUUUUAGUAUUAUUAUUAUUAUUAUUAUUAUUAUUAUUAUUUGUUUUUGUUUUUUUAAAGAACAGUCAUGCCAAACAUUUCAUAAGCUUCCCUCUAGUGUAAUCUUAAAUUUUAAAGUCUUAAGGAGGAGACUGCAUGAGUCUUAGACAAUCCUUUGCAAUCUUAUCAAACUCGAAAACCCAAUCGCUUCUUUCCCUCUUCAUUGACUACCAUAGCGAAGUACUCAGGAAUUUAGAGGCAGCGUCAGAUGCUGGACUUUAAUGAGAAGGUCUUUAAGACCUUGCUCACGAGUUCCACCGUUGAUCUCGGAGGUCCAACACAGUGAUCACCCAGCCUCCUUCAUCCCUCUGCCCUCUGGUUCAGUCUUACCCACUAAGUUCUUAAUCAGAGUGAUUGUAAUCUGGCCAGCAUGCCAAGGGGCCAAAGGCAUCCAAUCUGGGAAAUUGGAAAGGCAGCAAAAGGCAGCUUUGGUGGCAUUACAAUCACAAAUUGCUGUUGUACAAUAUGUACAGGCGCAUUCUGUUUGAAUCCUUAGGCUCCUUUUUUUCCCCCCGGGCUGAAGUCCUUAAAGGCCUUUACUGAGGCUAAAGUCUUUUGAACAUUGUAAACCUUAAUCGACACAAGAAAGUCUUAAAGCAGAGCGUGCUUCGUGCAAUGUGUUCAUAAAUAAGUCUUAAGGAAAAAACACCAGUUUGUCUGGAUGAUUCAGGCCAGUUUUGUUGAGGGCAGGCUAAGGAGACUAAAAUGAAUUUUAUAUACACCAUCUAACCACAGUUUUUAAAAAAUAUAAACAUAUCGCUGUUGUCGGAACAAAACCAUACCAAUCAUAUCUCCACAUAAUUUGAAAAUGCCUGUUGUCCUUUACAUUAAAUUUCAUGAUGAAUGGACUAAAAGAAACGGCCCAAAACGGCCCUUGGAAAAAACUUACAUUAAAAUUGAAGUAGGUUUUUUCCUUCUCCUGUAAAGUUACCGUUUUGGAGAUACGAGGUUUUGCUCCAACAACAGUGAUUAUAUAUUUAUUUCCUUGACUGCUUUAACAAUUACAAGAAUAUUAGGAGAAGACUGCGAACCUCUGUGUUAGGAAAGGGGAAAAAAUCUUGAACUCAGAUACCCCUCGCGAGAGCAGGGAUCCAAAAUUUGGCUUUGAUGUUUUUUGUUAAAGCAGGCAGCUCUCCGCUCUCGGUGAGCCACGCCGUGGUUUCCAUCCGUAAAACAGAGCCGGUGUCGUUGCUGGUGCGGAAGGACGGCCAAGAGGCGGCCAGCGGUCAGGACCUCUUGUUUGAGGCCGUGGCCCAGCGGUGAGCCCCCGUGGAGCGGGGAGCUCUGCCCACCUCCAUCUCUCCACUGCCCUCACCUCACCUCUGCCCAGUGGCCGGUCUGCCUCAAGAGGCUGCCAUCUGGCUUCCGCCACAGGUCCGUGCACAGGAGAGGCGACCGAACAAUGGGGAGGGGGGGCCUUGACAGUUUAUUGUGCUCUCUCCAUCAAAGUGGAGCAGAAAGAGGCUGCAGCCAGGAGCAGCCACGAGGUGCUGGCGAGCAGAUGGAACAAGUAGAUCAAGCUGUGGGGGAUUAUUAAAAUGACUGACGAGUCGGUAUCAUCUGAAACGCGGCAUUAUUAAUGCAUGAUGCCUGCUAUUUUCCCCUUGCCCUUGAACCUGUCUUUUUUUCCCCAUCAGUAACCCAGCGAUUAGGAUAGAUGGAAAUGGCCAGCACCGGUCCCACACACCAGGGCUGGGGCUGGUGGUCACUGCGUUGCCUCUGAAAGGUCAAAAAGGUACUGAUAGCGCUUAUUUCUCUCAGCAUUUUGAGGCAUUGACUAUUAUAUUUUAGCCCUGAAAUCAAAAAGCAUUUACUUCAAGUCUUAGAAGUUUUGAGCACUUCUCUAAUUGUUUGGUUUUAUAUUAUUUUUAGUGCUUGUUGUGAUUCUUUCAUAAGGUACAAUGCUUGGUAGGGUUUCCCCUCAGUAUGCUGAUUUUCUUUUCUUUUCAUAGGCCAACAUGUCUUGUUUAAAGCUGUUCUAUCUGUUUGCUGGUAGAUUGGUUGACUCGUACGUGUUUUGUACAUAUUUUCUUGACCAUGCCAAACCAAUUCUUUAGGCUGGUGGUUGAUGAAAAAGGACUGUUGUCGGGACUGAAACUUGAUUGCGCUUGUAUAUUUGGGGGGGGAAAAAAGAGAAAAAAAAGAGACAACGUCAAUCUCACACAGAGACAAUGCUUCAUAAGUGUUACAAGCACUGGAUAUAAAUGGUAUUUUUAUCAAUUCUGACUAAUGUGAAGCCGUCGUGCGAGAAAAAAAAAAACCUACACGAACAAAAGUGACCUGUUUGGACUCAUGUGGGCACGGUCCACGGUUGCCAGAUUUGAGUCAUUUUUCUCUCAACUUAUUUUGUUUAUUUAUGCAAAGACACGUGAUGAAUGAACACUUUGUUUAAGCUCCAGUGCUGCCUGAGGGAGAAAAGAGCAGUAUACUCGACAGAAGGCUCGCGUAGAGACUGGUCAGCCGAGACACGCCGGACUUCAAUAGCGCAUCUUAUCGGUCAUGUACGUUUGUGUUGUAUGUUGUAUUUGAACCUAUAUAGUGCAUAUAGACAUUUUAUUGUAUUUAUUAGCCAUUGUUGGCUCUAAAAGUGUCAGUACAACAUGAUAAAAGGACAAUCAGAGAAAAAGAAUAAAAAAAAGCAGUGAGAUCUGAACCUGAAUUGGAACUCAAAACAAAAGUUUCUUGUGAUGCUUUUUUUUUGUUGUUGUUGUUGUUUGUUCAUUUUGGAUAAAUUCACCAUCUCAUCAGUUUUUUUUUUAAUUGUAAAUACAACAUAGGAAAAUAGAAUUCUAUUUUUGUUCAUGGAUACUUACUGAAGUAUAAUUUAUGUAUUUGACUGUUCUUGAUUUCUUUCGUGUUUGUGUAUGUUGGUCAUUUUUGAAAAAAGACAAAACAAAACUGACAAGUCACUGUACCUCAUGUAGAUGCUGAACUGACGUCCCUGUCGAUCGAACAGUGUUGGAUGCAGCUUAGACACCCAGGCACCUCACUUGGCUGUGUUUCAGUGAUGACGCCCUGUGAUGAGUCAGUCAAAACCCCUGUGUUACGUGCUGGCGCACCCCUUUGAGUACGUUCAGUCGUUUAUGCUGAGCAUAGAGAAAAUCACAGAUUGAGCUCAGUCUUCUGUUUGAUAAAUAAGUUCAAACGCCUGCGAUCAUUUUAAUUAACCAGAUACUCACUAAAUCACAUAUUGUAUUUAAAAGACACAUCACAGUUUCAAAUCCAGCAUCAUGUGAAAACAGAAGUGAGGUUCUUGGUGAGCUCCAAGUUUGGGGAUGAACAAAUAUUUAUUGCUGAAUAAUGCAUAACAAUUCUGUGCAUUUAAGGUCUUCAUACAGUCUCUUUGUUACUUUUUAGUGUUAAAAAAAAAAAACAACACCCUGUCCCAGAAUGCCUGCCAGCAGCAGCAGUGGUCCGUAUUACGUUUUUGUUUUAAAUUCAUAAUUUUCACUGCCAUUUGAAAACCAUGUAGGUACAACAACUGAAGACAAAGUAUGUUUGGUGUUUCUACUUAUCUUACUGUAAUUCUUUUUUUCUGUCAUUGGACUUUUGUGAUGUAUAUUGUGGGAUUGUUCUUUGUUAAUUUAAUCAGCACAAUUCACUGACAUGCUGGACUGACAUGCUAGCUGCUGUUCAGAAGAGUAAAAGUUUGCUGUCAGGGACAACUUUAAUGCUGUUGUCAAUGGUACUCUUGCUUUGUAGAUUUUCUAGUCUCUCAAGCAACACUGUGCGUGGCUCCUCUGUCGCUAGGGCCGCUCUUAUUUUGAAUCCCGCUGGCAGCCUGAUUUUUUUUUAUUUGUUUGUGGGUGUUUGCUUUUUUUUGGUUCAUUUUUUUUUUUGUUUUUUUUGCGUAGAGACCGGUUUCUCGGCAGGUACCUAGGCCCAUGGCAGGUAUUGUUCGGGCGUUAGAGAUAUAGAAAUAGUGUCUGUUGCUGCUUUGAAAAAGAAAAAAAAAUAAGUCUAAAAAUGUAAAUAGUUUAUCAUAUCUUGUACAGUCCAGUGUAAAGUUUUUAAUUGAACUUAAAAAGGUUGCCAUCACAUUUGUGUUCACAUUCUUCUUUAUACAGUACAAAGGACAGCUAUUUGCUAAGGAUAUUAUUGUUAAAAAAAAAGACAAAAAAGGUACUAAAAAUAUUUUUUGCUUGGCUUCAGUAUGUAAACCAGCAACUUCUUGGUUUCCAUGUGCAGUAUUGACGUGAGGUAAACUAAAGGUAAAUUAAUUCUACAGUUGUAUGUUCAGAGACGAGUCUUCUCUGUAAUGGUAGUAUUAAUUAAUAUAAGUAAAAUAUACCAGAUGAGUGACACAUUUUGGUGUAUUUAGGCACCUUAGUGGAUUGUACGAUUAUCUAGGUUGUUCUCCCCACAGGAGGCGUUUUGGCAUAUUGUAAUGUAACACCAUUUCUACAGUAUACUCAAUCCAUUGAUGUACAAUGGCAGAAGAGGGAGUUCCUGCCUGUUAUUGCUCAUUUACCUCAAGAGUUUCCUCUUUUUCCGUAAGAAUAGAGUACACACGUGCAUACACACACACCCGGACAUACACACCGACACGCACACACACACACACACACACACACACACACACACACACACACAACAAGAAAAUCGUCUCACCAUCACUCCAUCUUUUGUACUGCUGUUGACACUUACAAAUUAAAGAGACAUUUUGUUUUAAA